AUAAUUGAAUUGAAUUGCAAAAAUUCAUUUCGAUAGGAAGGAAAAUGGCCAGAUUUGGUUCUGUUUCCCUCAUAUUGCAGCUAAGUUUUUUCAAGUCUAGCUUGAAGAUAGCAUUCUUGCAAUUUGAAGACUGUCCAAGGAAAUUUGAAUUUGGUUACCCAUUCAUUACACUAGUAAUCGUAAUUAAAUUCAAUCCAAACAUGCCCUUAAAUUGCCUUUUAAGAUGUCAUGUUGCAAUAACAAUGUACUCAAAACAAUGGAUUUCACUAGCCAACGAAUAAUUAUAAGCCACCUUCUUAAUUACACCUGUUCUCUAAACUCAUCGCUUGAAGAACUUUGGUUGAUUUCAUUUAGGAUGUUUAUCUGGAGUAAGGCUGCUUGUGGACAUCUUUAUGAUUUCUCAUCAUAGAAUGUAAAUGGACAAGGUGCUUACUAAAAUAUCACAUGAUAUUCUUCUUUUACUGCAGUGUGGUGAAUGGGGCUCUGGAAUACCUUUCUAAGGAUCUUGCGAUUGCUGAGAACACCGUGCUACAAGGAAAGUGCAGCAAUGAUGCGUUUUUUUGAUCAUGAUGCAAAUCAGCAUUUAUUAUUCAUAUCAGUCCAAUUAAACUAAGUGUCAUGGCAUGCUACAAUUAAACUAUUUUAACUUUCUGACCUUACAAUUUCAUUCAAUCCGCACUUGUUCAUGCCUUGUUGUUAGCACAAUCCUUGCAGGUGCCACUGUUGGUUCAUUCACUGGGGGAGCAUUAGCUGAUAAAUUUGGUAGAACAAGGACUUUUCAACUAGAUGCAAUCCCACUUGCGAUUGGAGCAUUUCUCUGGUCUGUGACAUAUCCUUUGACUCCUUGGUAUGCACGUGGUAUUGCUGAAGCCAUAUUAGGCACAGCUGACCUUUCAGUUCCUCUAAAACUUUGCACGCUGAGUAAUCGACCUCAAUCCGAGCUCUCCAAUUAGGCAGCAAUGUAGCAGUUUGUCCUCCAUGCUUGGAUAUGUACUUCUCAUAAUCCAAGCACAUAAAAAGAGCCUACAGCCGGCAUUGCCAUGCGAGAAGUCAUUGUGUGUGAAAGGUGGCCAAGCUCUAUUGUUUUACCAUGCAAUCUUCUUAAUGGUGUUGGGAGUGGGUGGGAUUCGAGGGGCACUUCCAGCUCUAGGUGCAGAUCGGUUUAACCAGAAGGAUUCCAAGGAGCGAAAAUACGUAGCAAGCUUCUUCAAUUGGUUCUUGCUCAGUAUAAAAGUAUCCAUUGAAGUUAUAGCAGCACCUGUCUUGAAGAUGGGUUGCCAGUUAUCUUACUGCAUUCUGUUGUUAUUAUUCUCCUGUUCUUUCAGGUAUGAAUUUUCAACCCUGUUGCAGCAAGUAUAAUACACGUGAUGUUGUCUUUAAACUGUUUAAGAAGUGCGAGUUAGAUACUUGUGGAGGUGAUUGGAAAAAGCAGGGCACGGGACCACGUCACCUUUUCUCUUUUAUUUAUGUAUUUUUUA